GAGGUGUAACAGCUCUGCGUUCACUGAGGGUUAAACUGCUGCCAACGAGGAAACGACGUCUGGGUUUACUCCACAGGAGUCACCAAACCAACCACUUUCUUUUGUUUUUUAAAGGACGUUUCCUGUUUUUUUUCCGCACUGUUUUUUUUCUGUUUUCGGUUGAAGGGGUCAAAAUGUCCUCGAUGGACUUGGAGAAGCUGAAGAUGACGGGAGCUGGUCGGGCCAUAGCGGUGCUGACCAGCGGUGGAGAUGCACAAGGGAUGAACGCUGCUGUCCGAGCUGUGACCCGCAUGGGCAUUUAUGUGGGGGCCAAGGUCUAUCUUAUUCAUGAGGGAUACCAGGGCCUGGUGGAUGGGGGAGACAACAUCAAACUGGCACACUGGCACAGUGUGACCAACAUCAUCCAGCUGGGUGGGACCGUGAUUGGUAGCGCUCGAUGUAAGACCUUUACAACCCGUGAGGGCAGACUUUCCGCCGCCUUCAACCUGGUGAAGAAAGGCAUCACCAACCUGUGUGUGUGUGGUGGAGACGGCAGCCUCACCGGAGCCAACAUCUUCCGCAGUGAGUGGAGCAGUUUGCUGGAGGAGCUCGUAGAGAAAGGACGGAUCACAGACACUCUGGCCAAGCAGCACGAUCACCUGAACAUCGUGGGGCUUGUGGGCUCCAUAGACAACGACUUCUGUGGCACUGACAUGACCAUCGGAGCCGACUCUGCUCUGCACCGCAUCAUGGAGAUAAUUGAUGCCAUCGUGACCACUGCACAGAGCCACCAGCGCACUUUUGUUCUGGAAGUCAUGGGGCGACACUGUGGGUAUCUGGCCCUGGUGUCAGCGCUGGCAUCUGGUGCAGACUGGCUCUUCAUUCCAGAGGAUCCUCCUCAGGAGGGCUGGGAGGACCGUAUGUGUGCUCGUCUAGAGGGGAGCCGAAUAAAAGGGUCACGACUCAACAUUAUAAUUGUCGCAGAAGGAGCCAUUGACAUAAAUGGCAAGCCCAUCUCCUCAACCUACGUGAAAGAUCUGGUGGUAAAGCGACUGGGUUACGACACCAGAGUGACUGUGCUCGGCCACGUUCAGCGAGGAGGAACUCCCUCAGCUUUUGACAGAAUACUGAGCAGUAAGUUGGGUGUGGAGGCGGUGGUGGCCCUGUUGGAGGCCUCUCCUGACACCCCAGCCUGUGUCAUCGGCCUGUCGGGUAACCAUCCCGUUCGUCUUCCUCUUAUGGAGUGUGUGGAGAUGACUAAGCUGGUGCAGACGGCCAUGAAUGAGAAGAGGUUUGAUGAGACUGUCAAACUGCGUGGAGGGAGUUUUGAGAACAACUGGAACAUCUACAAGCUUUUGGCCUUCCCGAAGCCUGCCCAGUCUGAGAGCAAUUUCUCUUUGGCUAUUCUGAAUGUGGGUGCUCCGGCUCCAGGGAUGAAUGCGGCGGUGAGGUCAGCUGUGAGAUUAGCACUUGCUCAGGGACACAAGGUCUACACUGUCCAUGACGGAUUUGAAGGACUUGCCAAAGGAGCAGUUUUUGACAUGGACUGGCACAAUGUGGCGGGAUGGACGGGCCAAGGGGGCUCACUGCUGGGGACGAAACGGACUCUUCCAAACAAACACAUGGAGAAGAUUGUGGAAACCAUUGCCAAGUUCAACAUCUCAGCUCUGCUCGUAAUUGGAGGGUUUGAGGGGUACGAAGGUGUGCUGCAGCUGUUCGAAGCCCGGAGUCAAUACGAUGAGCUCUGCAUCCCCAUGUGUGUAAUCCCUGCCACCAUCAGCAACAACGUCCCUGGAACUGACUUCAGCCUGGGAGCAGACACGGCUGUCAAUGCUGUCAUGGAGGGUUGCGACAAGAUCAAGCAGUCUGCCACUGGGACCAAGAGAAGAGUGUUUGUGGUGGAGACUAUGGGUGGAUUCUGUGGCUAUCUGGCAACCUCAGCUGGUAUGGCUGUGGGUGCUGACGCAGCCUACAUCUUUGAAGAGCCCUUCAACAUCCACGACCUAAAGACCAAUGUGGAGCAUUUAACUGAGAAGAUGAAGAAGGACAUCCAGCGGGGUCUAGUACUGAGGAAUGAAAAAUGCCAUGAAAACUACACUACAGAUUUCAUCCAUAAACUGUAUUCAUCAGAGGGGAAGGGCAUCUUUGACUGCAGAGUCAAUGUGUUGGGACACCUUCAGCAGGGAGGGGCACCAUCUCCCUUUGAUAGAAAUUUUGGUACAAAGUUGGGUGUGAAGGCUGUCCAGUGGUUUUCAGAGAAACUGACAGAAAACUUCAGACAAGGCCGUGUGUUCGCCAACUCACCAGAUACAGCAUGUGUGCUUGGCCUCAACAGGAAGGUCAUCUCAUUCACCCCUGUCACUGAGCUGAAGGCUGUGACUGAUUUUGAGCACCGGAUGCCCAAGGUCCAAUGGUGGUUUAAUCUGCGGCCGAUGCUUAAAAUGUUGGCCAAGUAUCAAACCAGCUUCUGUGAAUAUGUCCCAGGAGAGAUUGAACAUGUGACUCGACGCUCCAUCAGCAUCGAUUCUGGAUUCUAGGCUCUCUGAAACUACAGUAUACUCUCUGCACUUUUUAACCCUUAUCUGUCCAUCCUUUGCUUCUACACAGAUUUCAAUUUUUAAGAAUGGUAUUCUGUCUGUUGCUGUGUGUGUUUACAGGACUGAUCACUUAUAGAGCCAGCACUGAUGUCUGUUGUCAGUGUCACGUACUGAUGGUAUUACAAUGUAAACAUUUACUUCAUUUAUUGAAAGAGGCUUUCAGAACAGAACAUUUUACAGUUCCUUGUGCCAAGCAAGCCUUUGUAUAGUCAAAUCACUGCCAUAAAAAGAAAUGACCAAGUGUGCCAUGAAGCCAAAAUGUUAUUAAUUUACUGCUAAAUAUAUUAUACAAAGACAA